AUGGGCUGCGACUGCUUCGUCAAGGCUUUCGGGUACCUCGGUCUGACCUUCGUCGCGUACAAGGUCCUAACCGCCCUCUACAACAUCGUCUACCCGUACUUCCUGGCCGGCAAGAUCGAUUUGCUGCAGAAGGCCGGCGCAAAAUGGGCAGUUGUUACCGGUUCAACGGACGGCAUCGGCAAGGCCUACUCGUUCGACCUGGCGCGACGGGGCUUCAACGUGUUGCUCAUCUCCCGCUCGCAGGACAAGCUUGAGGCCACGAAGAAGGAGAUCAAGGACAAAUAUUCCAACGUUGAAAUCAAGACGUACACCUUCGACUUCUCAACCGGAAAGUAUGCCGACUACGUGCCACUACUCGAGGAGCUCAAGAAAUACGACAUCGGAGUGCUGGUGAACAACGUCGGGCUCAGCUACGAGUACCCGGAGCGUAUGCAUCUUGUCGAGGGUGGCGUUGAGCGUCUUUCUUCCAUCACCUCCAUGAACACGCUGCCGCCGACCCUGCUGACCGCCACCGUGCUGCCGCAGAUGGUCGAGCGCAAGAAGGGCGUCGUCAUCAACCUCUCAUCGGCCGCCGGCUACAACACCAUGGCCUACUGGGCUGUCUAUUCCGCCACCAAGCGCUACGUCCAAUGGCUGUCCGCAAUCCUGCGCAUGGAAUACGGCCCGAACAUCACCAUCCAGACCGUCUGCCCGAUGCUUGUGGCCACGAACAUGAGCAAGGUGAAAAAGACUUCCUUCUUCACGCCCAACCCUACGACUUUCGCUCGCGCCGCCUUGGACACCGUCGGCCACGUGUCGGAGACCACCGGCUACUACACGCAUCAGAUUCAGCUCGAGUUCCUCUCCGCCAUCCCCUGCUGGUUGCGCGACAAGAUCCUCACCAACACCUCCCUCAGCAUCCGCGGUGCCGCCCUGCGCAAGAAGGAACGCGAAGCAAAGAGCCAA